ACGUUUAUUCGGAAGUUCCCAUAAUAAAUGGCGGAUUGUAGCAGUAACAAGUGAAAAUGUUGUUAUUGGAGCCAGUUAAGGCUGCUAUAUGGGAUUCAUUAAAUCAUUAUGCCUACGCUGAUGCAAUAUUCCUGGCAGAGAGACUGUAUGCUGAAGUAUCAAACAAUGAAGCCCUAUACUUGCUGGCCACAUGUUACUACAGAGCCGGUCAGUUAAUGCAGACCUAUGGCUUACUCCAGAAACAAGGCUGCCCCACCCCCCAGUGUAAAUACCUCAUGGCUCGCUGUUGUAUGGAUGUUGGAAAGUUAUCUGAGGCUGAGGAAGUUUUAACAGGAAAUAUAUUUUCUAAAUCUAAGAGUGUGGAGGAGAUAGAGGCAGAGUUUGGGAGCAUGUCCUGUCACACCCUCUCUAUCCUUGGUGCUAUUUUUAGUAAAACAGAGAGAAUUUCAAAAGCUGUGGAAUGUUAUAAGAAGUCUCUCAAGUUAAACCCCCUGUUGUGGUCAGCUUUUGAAAGGUUAUGUUCACUAGGUGACAAGUCUGAUCCAAGUCAAGUCUUUCAAGUUCCUGCCCAGAGUCAGUCCACGCCCGUCAUGCAGUUGACAGAAGUGCCCAGUGUAGUGACCAUGCCCACGACGGUCAAGGCUCCUAACCCCAUUCUCAAGGUCACGGAGGUCCUUACUCCGGUGUCAGAAACCUCCCAGGCCUGUACUGAAGUGGACACAAAUGUCCUGGAGACCCCCCAGCCCCAGCCACACACCCUCUCCCAGGUGUCAGUUACCCCUGAGAACUUCCUGGAGGAGGCACCUGCCAAUAUCUUUGGUUGCCCAAGGACGAAAAAGAAAGUGAAACCUCGUACAGAAAAUGUGCUGGUCAGUGAUCAGUCUGUUCAAAAGACACUGUUCCAUAGUCCUCUCACUCCUAGUUUUGGUCUUCUCCCUAUUACUCCGUCAGCUGAUCGGCCGUGUGCUGAGUUACCUUUUUUAACCCCUUCCCCUCCUGUCAACUGCCAGACAGACCAUCAGGCACCCAAAAAGCCAGUAACAAGAAGAACUCAGAAUGCUCCCCUGAUAAAGCCGCCUGUUUUUAAUGUAAACAAUGGAACUAACAAUACGAGAGAAUUAUCCACAGCCUCUAACAACAAUUCACGAGAACCCGCUGUAGG